AUGAUGGACAAGGAUAGUAGUGAUGUUGACGCUCAGAUUCACUCAUUGUCUGAUCAGGUCAAAGAUAGAUGUACAGUGAAUGAUGAUAAGCUUGAACAUCAGAACAACAAGACGACUGGAAGCGGUGGUGAUGUGCCUGAUAUCACUGCUGUAGACUUGGAGACUACAAAGAUGACUGAAGAUGAUGAUGAUGAGACUGAUCAAACUGAUCAGACGACUGAUCAUACUACUACUCAUACACAAACGAUUGAACCAAAUGUUACAACCUCCUCUUCUUCUUCUUCAAAUGUACAUCCGCACAGUCUGGAGAAUAGUGGCCUGUUGAGUAGGAGGAAUGUUGAUGACUUGCAGUUCGCCAUGUUCAGGUCCACUCCCAAUCUGAAGGAAGCGAUGAAUGGCUUCCAUUCAAUGGCAGACUUGAGGACAAGUAGCACCAGCCUCGAUGUUACAUCAGACAGCAACAACAACAACAAUAGUACCAACAACAACAACACACUUGUUCAAUCAAUGUUCUCAUUGAUGAAGGAGACGACAGUAGUUGAAUCGACGACUACUACUUCAACCUCAACCUCAACCUCAACCUCGACAACACAUACAUCCACCUUAACAUCAACAACAUCAACAUCAAACUUGGCGGAAACGAUGUUGACACCGACAAUGUCAACACCUUUAACAGUUACCCCGGCAAUAGGAACACCCUCGACGAUGGGAACACCAGUCCAACUAUCACAAUCACAAUCAUACAACCAUUACAGCGACCAUUCAUACUCUUCGGAAAGCCCUACAUUGGAGUCGAUACGCGAGGAGACACGUGACUAUAACGAUACAGCAGGACCAUUGGUUGGCGGCGUGCGUCCCAGUCGCGUCGGCCACCUCUUCGAUCACUUCCUGGUCGUUGGUCUGCCAUCCACACUCAAUCUCACAUGCACACGCGAUGAGGAACGACAGCGACACAAGCCCGAGAUACUCUAUAGCUACCCGCCCGACACGCCACUGCCCAACGACAUGAUCGCCCAGUUCUGCUUCCCCAACGGAGUCAUCUCACGAAGCUCAAUGCGCUCCGACAGCUCAUCGUCGCUCAACUCUGUGGCCUUUUGCAACCUCUCGCACCUACUCAACCCUGCGCACUCAUUCGUCUUCCUGCUCAACACGCCAUCCACACUCUACUAUGGUGUGUGCAUCACCAAAGAGGAAGAGUUAUGUACACUGCCCACAUUCAUACCCGCGCCUGAGAAGACGGCCAAGGAUACCGAGGAGGCCGACACCACUGAGCAACGAAGAAAGUCAUUCAGGAAGACAUACGAUUUCAUCGCGCCAAGAGUAUACUGCUUCCUCAGUCGAUUCCCAUUCUUCAAUCUUCACUUCCAGAUGCUCCACUCGAUAUUGGAGCGCGAGAGAAUGUUCAUGUUGUUCUCAAUGACACAGGCCAAGGACCCAAGCUGUAACAUUGCCACAAUGGACAUUAUCAAUAUGUAUUAUCAAGUGAACAUGGAGACCGUCAAGGACAAGAUUCAGUUCAAGGUGCCUGGACAGGACUACAAGACCGACUUCCACUGUCCCCAGGGUGGCGAGGAUCGCAUGAUUGCCGAUUGGUCACUGUUCACCAUGUCCGAGUCAAUGAGUCUGGAGGACAUUGUAAAUAUAUUCGCAUGGGCCAUGGUAGAACGAUCUAUCCUGGUCGUUUCCAAGGAAUUAGGAAACAUCUCAGCCUUCAUAUUCUCAUUCAUAGCGUUGUUGAAGCCAUAUGUUUGGCAAUGUUGUUUUAUACCCAUACUCCCAGAUAGUCUGUUGGAGACACUCGAUGCGCCAUUCCCCUUCUUUAUUGGAAUCAAUGAGUUGCCACCAGAGAUACUAAAGACAAAGAAGGAUUAUUUAAUUGUAGAUAUAGAUAGCAAGCGAGUGAUCUAUCCUGACAAUCCGGUCCAGUUGCCUGGCGCCAAGAAACUUUUGGAAACACUUACCAAUCACAGGAAAGAGACAUUCAAGUUGCAGAACAAGAUACCUUAUGAUCAUCUGAAAAAUAGACACGUUCAGAACAUCAUAGCAACGUUCAAUGAGUAUCACAGUUGGCUGUCGGAACAGAUCAGCAGUGGAGUAAUCGCAUGCAUCAAUACCAAGGGCACGACAGCCAAUGCCACCAACAAUGGCACGAUCGAUGCGCCCUCCUCCAUCGAGUUGGUCAACAAGCAGAGCAUCCACUUUUUGGAGGACCAGUUCAAGCAGGUGGCCGAGUGCCUGCCCGAGAGCUAUCAGAAGUUCUUUGAGCAGUUCUUCCACACGCAGAUGUUUGGCGUCAACGCCGUGCGCCUGAUGCUGUCCAUCCAGGACCGCCACAAGACCAACAUCAACCAGAUCGAGCAUCUCGAGUCGCUCAUACAAAUGGAGGAGAAGUCCAAGGAGGUGCUGAUCGAGUACCAAAAGAUGGCGUCGCGUGGCGGCGACAAGUCGGUGAACGUCGACCUCAGCACGCUCAAGCAGCAACUGCGCGACUCUGAGGGCGUCAUCAACGAGCUGCGCGAGUCCAAGAAGAAGCUAGAACUCGAGGCCCUGGUCGUCAGCCCGAACAAGAACAACGGUACGCUCACGUCGUUCCUCGGUCUGUCAGAGAUCAAGAAGAAGAAGCUCGAGUUUGGACACAGGCGCAGCAGAUCAGUCAGCGACCAGGUCGAGAAGAACAUCCUCAAGAAGUCCAUGCGUCCGCCAUCGUCCACCACCAUCUUUGACAUGACCGGUCGUUCAGCGCUCACCAAGUCACAAUACUCACCCCGAUCAUUCUCUCCAUUGAUGACAGACGUUAGUGAAAAAGAUGAAACCGAUACCAAUGUAGUUGUUGGAUCACCUCUGAGCAGCGAUCACUCUGUAGACAGUGGUGACGAGGGUUCGUCUCCAUCAACCCCAAUCAAACAUCAGCAACAGCCACAGUCGCAACAAUAG